AAAUCCCCUCUCUCUGCGCACACCACACGCCAACUUGAGGUCCGACACUAACGCUGACCGCUGACUCUCUACGAGGAGCUACACUUCACAUACAAACUACAACAUAUCCAAAGAUAUUCGACACGUAGAAAAGAAUUUAAAAAAAAAAAGAAAAGAUUUAGGUGUUAACAUUUGAGAGGCUGGGAGUGGAAGGGGGCUUGUUCCUGUAGCCGGACUACAUCCCGCUCGCUGCUAACCAGGACUGAGUGCAAAUGGCAGAGCAGGAGGAGCAGCCGAUAACCCAGCCAGACCCGCCUGGCAGUGGACAGUCGCGGACGGGGAGAGCGGUGUCUAUUGCCCGGCUGCUGCACCGCGAAUGUACCCGUCUGCUCCAGCUUUACAAAGAGAAGGAGACCUUCUUGUCGGACCACACCCCAGAUGGAGGACGCAUUGUGUCCCUGUCCUCAGAGUCGGAGGCAUCCAGUGCUGAGGAGCAGGUGCAGUGUCUGCACUCAGCUCUGCGUCAAUGCCUCGGCCUGCUCCACUGUGUCAUCCUGAAGGAAGAGGAGGAAUGGGGCAAGCUGGAGGGCGACUAUGAAACUAUGAGGAAGAAUGUCCGAACACGGCUGGAGCACUUGCUGCACACCACCAAAGAUCUAGUGGAGACCGAAGAGAUGAUCCUGGAAGUUACCCCAGAUCACCAGUGUAACGAGGAAGUUGACGGCGCUGGAGGAUUAUUUGGGCUCAAAAUGUGGACCUACCGAGUGCUGCUGGAGCUAAUCCACUGGUCUGAUCAUGCUGCGCAGACUCUCCACGUCUUACACCGAGAGAGGGAAGGAACAGAGGAGAUCUAAAUUCCUCUGUCUACCGCUUUGACAUCUACAAAUGAACUCAUUUAACACUAACAGCCAGCUUUCCCUUUUACAUAUUCCAAAGUAAGUAUAUAAAGGAAUAUGCCCUGUGAACACUUUAGCUUUAAGAAAUGCACUGCCUAACUAAAAUCUCAACUUUUAACCAAGCCAAGUAGACGUCUCCUCUCAGAUAUUGGCAUUUCUACCGCAUGUGCUAAAAUGACCUCUAGUUUGCCACAGUUGCUGCUUCCUUUGACACAAAUGUGAGCGCAAGCUUUUGACUUCUAUAAAGGUAGUUGCUAGAGGUACGGACCCGUACCCGUAGCCUGUGGCCUACGGAUACGGCACUUUCCAUUUGCCAAUCAGAUACGCGAGAUCUGGUCAUGUGACUCCUGGUAGACGCUAGCGGUACGGACCCGUAGCAUCGGUACUACAGGUACGGACCCUAAACCUAACCCUAACACUAACCCUAACCUUUGCUUACCUUUCAACGGUUUGCAGUGGUUAACAGCUUGUUGGCUCGCGUACGGGUCCGUAUCUGUCUGGCAAAUGGAAAGUGCCGUAUCCGUAGGCCACAGGCUACAGGUACGGGUCCAUAUCUGUAGACACUACCUUCUAUAAAGGUUGGUUUGCUUUGUGCAGUGGCUGAGUUAGACUGUUUGAAAAUGAUUUUUUUUUGUGUUUCGUGAGUAAAUUAUUUUUAUUUAAGUGAUUUCACCUUUGAUGACUAAUUCGCUGUUGUUCAUAACACUGAAAAUUCUACUAACUGCUAGAAAAUAGCCAAAAAAAAAACAAAAACACGACUCGUAUACUGUGACUGAUGUGCAGCUGAAUGUGUAAACAUUGUCAGAGGUUUCGUAGCUUUAAACUGUUUGAAUUUUAUUAACAUAUCUAACUUAGAUAACUCUAAAUCACAUUUCGUGUUGUCAUGACUGAAUGCCGGUUUGUUUAGGGUUUGACACAGGCUGUGAUGAUGAAGCAUCAUGUUUUUGCUGCUCGGGUCACUAAGUUCUCUCCUGAUGUUAUACUUGAAUGUCCUGCUACACGAGACCAGCGGUUGUCAAGCUUCUGCUGUCAUGCUCAUCCCUGGAAGCCAGAAAAUGGUUGGAGAACUACUGUAUUAGACAGAUAAUUUUUAGUAGGGACUUUCUGUACUUUCUGUGGCCAGAAGUAUUGAACAGUCACAUGCUUGACACAACAUUAUACCCAGUGACCGAAUGCGCUGCAACUUCCAGGUAUGGUGAAUGUGUAAAUACCAUGCUUUCUGUUACGUCUGUGAUUAAUAACUUGAUGUGUACUGAAAACUAAAACCCAGUUGUAGCUCUUG